UGCACAAACACGCAUUCAGCAUUCACACACAUGUCCGCACGUGAACGAUUUCUAACAUCGUAAUGGCGUUGUGCGUCUAUCUCUCGCAUAUUUGAUGCACCGACAACAAAGAUUUUUUUUUAAUUAGAUCGCGUUCGGGGGGCGUAGAUCGUCUGAUCGUCCUCCAUUUAUAAUAAUCUGCAAAAUUCGGGGGGAAAGCCUAGAGGAUCGGAAAAAUUGAUUCUCUCGCGUGUGUUGUGUUUGGUUUUCGUAAAAUUCGUUGGAAAUUCGAACUGUUGGUGCUCGGUGUGAGAAUGAAAAAUUGACAAGUUGCAGAAACGUGUUUUUUUCUUGUUUAUUUACUUCUAAGAUCAUUCCUCGCAGUGUUUUUCCGAAUAAUUUCUAUCUAAGUCUGUGACUUUGUGAUUUUCGCUACGUGCAAGACUUUCUCGUGACUUCAAACUCGUGUCUUUACAACUCUCGCGUGUACGUGCGUGUGAUUCAUUCCGCGAUUCAUACGGUGCGAUAAAAAAGGAUAAAACAUAAGAACAAAAAGGAAUAAAAAAAAGAGAAAAAGAAAUUACACCUCUCGAUAAUAGAGCGUACGUGACGCAGCAUCGCGAAUCCAAUUUUCCGUGUACGGACAAACCGGAAACGUGAAAAUCACGAAAUCUCGUACCGUAAUUGUCGCGUCGAUUCAACUUCUUUCGACAAUACUUAAAAAACCGCACAUAUUUCAAUUUUUUAUAACACACUAAAUGAGUGCGGGGACAAAAGUGAAUAAUAAAAAGUCUGAAGUCGAACGAAAUCGUACCAGCAACCCAGCGAAUAAUACGAUUUUUAAAGAAAUAACAAAAUAAACCAAAUCUUGACGAAAUUGAAGUGCAAUUAAAAAAAAAAAUGGAUAAAAAUUCGUCGUAAGCCUUCAAAAUCUACUUUCAAUUAUCCUAAAAAAAAUAAAAUCAGCGAAAGCUCUACUAGGCGCCCUAAAAAAUGACAAAAAAUAAAAAAUCUCUGGAAGAUUUUUUGCAUAAAUAAAUAAAAACCAUUCCAUUGAUGAAGCGGCAAAUUGCUUUGUGCCGAAUCGUUUUCCCGUUGUCUCGAACAGCGUCGCAUUGCUGUGAAAUCACGUUUCGAGGUUAACGAGCAAGGAAGCAUGAAAAUUAUAACCUUCGGAGAAAACAGGAAACAUCGUCGCCGGGCUUAAAAACCAAGGAAAUAGCGAGCUCGAGAUAAUAUUCCUCGAAUGAUGAGCUUGAGAGCAGAAUGAAGGUGACGGUGUGCUUCGACAACGUCAGGGUAGUCGUACCCUGCGGGGAUGGAACGUUGCUGGUGAGGGAUUUGAUGCACGAGUCGAUUCUGCGCUAUCGCAAAGCGACAGGAAAGCUAGAUUCUCCGGGGAUCAACAGUUUGUCGUCGUUGACGGGUGGAGGUUUGCUGGACCCCGACGACCGGCUGUGCGACGUAGCCGACGACAGGGAACAAAUAGUUGCUCAUCUGAACAACGACGUCAAUCAUGCCGGAGGCGACGGAGCCAGCUCCGUAGGGACCAACAGUCCGGACUUUUUCCAUCCGGAGGCCAAGGAGCGUCGCUACGAUGCGAGGGGCAGAAUCAGCAGUAGCAACAUCAAGCGGGAGAGUGCGAAGAGGCUGUCGAUGCACGCACUCUCGACAAGGGACCCCCAUAUCGCAGCCUACUCGGCCCUCUCACUGCCCAGGGAGUCGCGGAGGCGCGAGCCCUUGGGUCAGGACUCUAAAAUCAGUCACGAGUUCGCUUCCCACAGAAAGAGUCCGCAUUAUGGGGAAUUUGGGGGGUCAGAAGUCCGGGAAAUCGUGAUUAAAAACGAAGCUGGUCCCCUCGGUCUGCACGUCGUGCCUUGCUACGAUCUCGCAGGGAACGACCAGGGCUUGCGGGUCGAAGGGAUCGAGCCGAAUGGGAGGAUCGCCAAAGAUGGUCAGAUCGACCUGCACGACAGAAUCGUCAAGAUAAACGGGCACAAUCUCCUCAGGAUUCCCUUCUCCAAAGUUCAAAGCAUUUUUGCGAGCUGCAUGAGCGAACCUUGUCUCCGCAUAAGCGUUCUGAAGAGCGAUAAAUCUCUGUGCAAAAAUCCCAGGAUCAAUAACAACAACAAUAACAGCAGCAACGGUAAAGACGAGGGGAACAAUGAAUCGAGCGAGAAAUCGGAUCACGACGAAAGCGUGAAGAAAUUGCAGUGUCACAACAUCCUUCAAAGCUCCAACACCCGGAAAAUCGGACGGAUGAUCGAAAUCGACCUGACCAAGGGGAACAACGGGCUCGGGUUCUCCGUGACGACUCGCGACAACCCGGCCGGUGGUCACUGUCCGAUUUACAUAAAAAACAUCCUGCCAAAGGGUGCAGCGGUUGAGGACGGCAGACUGAGACCCGGCGAUCGUUUGCUCGAGGUCAACAAGGUCGAAAUGACCGGGAAAAGCCAAUCGGAAGUGGUUUCCCUGCUGAGGAGCAUUCCUUCCGGGGGCAAAGUCCGGAUGAUCGUUUCCCGCCAGGAGGAAAUCGGGACCGCCGAGACAUCCGGGGUCUCGGGAGCGGUGGAGAGCACCCCGGACGCCGCGAGGCCCUGGAGCACCGAAACGAGGACUCUGACUCCCCGAGGGGUAAAGAACGCGUUCGAGGACGUCGAGAAACGCCGGGAAAGCACUCCGCCCCCUUACAGCAGCGGCGAAAAGUGCUGGGAAAAAACUCUGCCGUGCAAAAUCAACGAACCCAACAACGACGAAGCCGCCGUAUCCCCCCGGAAAAACCGCGUCAUCCUUACCCUCGACAUCCCGGUUCACGACUCCGAGAAGGCCGGCUUAGGGGUAAGCGUAAAAGGGAAAACGAGCCACGCCGACGAAAACACGAACAUGGACCUCGGCAUCUUCAUCAAGAGCGUCCUCAACGGGGGAGCUGCAUCCCGCGACGGACGCUUGCGCACCAACGACCAACUGCUCAACGUCAACGGCGUCUCGCUCCUCGGCCUCUCCAAUUCAGACGCCAUGGAAACCCUGAGGAGGGCAAUGCUCAAUACGAACAGCUCCAUAACCGGGGUCAUAACUCUCACCAUAGCUCGUAGGAUCUCUUCGUACGGGAGCGACAAGAGUUUCCACGACGGGACGUCUCCGUCGUGUAAAAUCGACACUCCCAACGGUGGCUACAUGCCCGAUUUUUCAAAUUUCAACAACGUUCGCGACAAGAACAGUCUCAACAGCCAGAACGACGUCCGGGACAGCAUGAGGAUCAUGUCCGCGACGGCGUCCCCGUGGAACCCAGUGAUCGACCGUCUCACGGAGCAGUACAACAAAAACAGUUUGCGCAACGAGAGUUACUGUCUCGCGACCAACAAGACGUGGCUCAACUCGGUGACGAACGUGAAAAAGCUCAUGCUCGGUGGCGACAACCCGGAGCUCCUUCUGGAGGAGUCCUCGGAGCCGCACGCCGAGCCGAGGAAGAAUCCGGAGGACCGAGAGAGUUUGUAUUCCGGAGGUCCGGCCUACGACAGCCAACUUUCCCUGGAGGAAGUUAACUCCGCGACGAACCAGUUCUCCCGAGACGCGCUGGGCCGCCAAAGCAUGUCUGAGAAGCGUCACGCUGCCCUCGACGCCAAAAACACCGACACUUACAAGAGGAACAAGAAGCUGCGAGACGGAAGACGAGACAAGAGCUCCGAAGGACAUUCCGGCGAGCCCGGGGUCGGCGACGCCGACAAGAGGAACGCCAACCGGUCCGACGAGCCCCCGGAGAAACCCCCCGGACGCCCCGCCAUCUCCGGGGAAAGCUCGAGCUUCGAAACCGAGCGUCAACGACAGGAAAAGAAAUUGGAAGAUCGCGAGGUUUAUCGUUACGGUGUUCCCACAGGUUUCAACAACAAAUUUCUCUCCCCCAGGAAGCAUUGGCUCGUCGACGACGAGCCGAACCCCACCGACGUCACUUCCACUUCCCACACCCACAAGGACACCCGAGACGGUUUCACCAACGCUCGUGGUGACGUCAAACAAGCUUCUCUCAACUCUGCUCUCGACGAGCGGUACAAACGCUCCAGGAAAAAAGGCGGCAUCAGGUCGAUGCUCAGACUCGGAAAGAAUCGAAAAUCUCUCAAUUUCGGUGACAACCAGGACAACCAACACGAAUCUAGCAAUUAUUGCAGUGGCACCAUCAAUUACAUUGCAUAAUCACGCGAAUUUUCAAUUUUUCGUUUAUCCAAACGAAUCUGCGAGGAAACGGGAACUUGGCAUUCCGAUUGAACCCCUCGGGAAAUUAUUUCUCUUUCGUUUUUUUUUUUUUUUAAUUUUUAUUUUUAUUUACACGAAUAAAAUCCGCGUACACGAGCAUACAAAUCAUUGAGCAUUUAACACUUUAAUCGAAAUUUCUACAUUUACACUGCAAACGUUUUAAAAGACACGAUCGUUAUCUAACCUUAUUGGUUUAUUCCAAAGUGCCUUGUAUCUGCCAACGAGCAGCAACAAUGUUUGAGUAGACACGAACAAAAUAUGUGAAAUAAAUGUUAUAUUCUAAUGAUGAGACACUAUCAUUGAAAUGAACAAACGUGACAUUUUUCUCUCGCGUACAUAUCGAAUUAUGUGUGUUGAACAAAUUUUGUAAAUAUAUAUAAUUUUGUACUUGCGUCCUUAAUCAGACUUUACAGGUCAUGUAUGUAUUACAAAAAAAUUUAAUCGAAUAAAUUUUUUUGCACAAA